AGGGCGGUAACAUCGUGUGUUCUGUCUGUGGUGCCCGCCGGUCGGUGCGUCGGACUCUGCUGCCUGUGCCACACAGUGUAUGCUGGGCUCCCCCCGGUCUGCGUAUGCGAGUGGGAUCCGCAUGCGGCGACUUGAGCUAGUCGUGGAAUGACAUAUGAAGAUGCUGGAGGCGGAGUACGACUGCGCGUGCCCCGGCCCGCCCCCGAAGUUCCAGCUGCCGCCCCCGCCUCUGCCGCCGCUGCUGCUGCAGGAGGCGGGCUGCAGCGCCGACCACGCGCUCUACUCCUGCGACGUCCUGCCGGUGCUGGACGCCGAGCUGCACAGCGGUCCCGGGAUCCCGCCCACGGCGAUGAUUGCGCUGUGUUCGGCUCUGCUGCUGGCCACGGUGCUCGCCGCCUCCGUCCUACUCUGCAGGUACCGCCGCAAGGUGCCGAACCUAGUGACGUCAUGCAAAGCGUCUCCGCAGAACAGGGUGUGCGACGUGUCGGCUGCCAACGAUGUCAUCUACGAAGACCUCACCAACAUCCGACCCAGGCCCUGCACGCAGCCCCUCCAGAUGCGGGACCUCAAGGAGAUGGUGGUGCACCAGGUGCAGUACCCAACCGGCAGCCAAGGUUGCGGAUCCUCCGUGUUCGUCUGCCCUGACCGCUAUAGCAGCGAGGGCGCCUGCACGCCCGUCUACCAGGAAAUAGGCCAAGGCCGGUGCGAGUCGGACCCGGACAGCGAGGCGGCCGCGGCCGCGGGGGCGGGCUCCGAGGACGACUUCGCGGAGGACGAGCUGAGCCUGGAGGACACGAACCCUCCGCGGCACCACCUGUCGCUGACGAUGCCGCAUGCGGUGCCCGUGCCGGCGCCGCACGCCGCCGCCGCCCCGCCGCCCUGGCUCGGAUCGCUGCUCAGGUACCACGCAGGCCCGCCCCCCACAGCGCCACCGCCUGCCGUGCCGCCGGUGGCGCCGUACGAGACGGUGCCGGUGCCCGGCUUCUCCAGCUUCCGGCCGGCGCCCGGCAAGGCGCUCACCAGCCACGACUCGGACUCGGGCUACAGCCACAACACGUCGGGCGGUAGGCGGGACGCUCACUCCGCCGUCUCCUAGCGACCGCGCUGAGACGUGCAGCGGUCUCCUAGCAACCGCGCGGGGACACCGCGCUGCCGUCUCCUAGUUACACGCCGCCCUUCUGACAAUGAGCAGUGACCCGUAACUGCGGCCGAUAAUCGACAAGCAGCCUCUGACAAGUGUACUCUUCCAAUGAUCUUGCAGUGUACGUAAAACGUGUUACGUGACAAUACAUGUCUUUUCCUUGUGCAACCAGCCACCACCAAACUAGAAGUAUCGAAGUAUCUACUGAAAUAAUAUUUCAGUGACUCAUGGUUUCAGGCUUCUUAUAAGACAGUCUACUCACCUGAUGACUCGUCGAAAUGCUGUGCAGAAAAACGCAGUUCUGUACUCGUUUCACGACGCAGAUCUAACAUGCAAAAACUUUCAGAUAUCGCAAUAAAUUUUAUAACUGUAUGUUAUAUUCAAAAGGAGUUUUGAGUGGGAGGAAUUUUACCUGUGUUAAGCAUAUGUGGUAAAUGCACAUGUAAUUUACUAUGACAAAAUUUAUAAAUGCCAGAGAAGACGCUCUCAGGUAUUUAAAAAUUCCAGAGCUCAUUACUGUCUUUCAGUCAAUCUAACUUUAAGGGAGUUUUGAAAUAUAUCUCCAUGGUGAAAUUCAUAAGUUUUCACAAGAGAUAAUAUAUUGUUGCAAAUAUGGUGGAGUUGACUGCCUUUGAAAGUAGGUUUCUGUUUUGUUUAAAUGGGGAUAACUGUAAUUUCACAUGUUUAAGGGAAGGCAUUAAUGCAACAUUGGAUAGCCGUGCGGGAUUAGCCGAGCGGUGUAAGGCAGUGCGGUCAUGGACUGUGUGGCUGGUCCCGGCGGAGGUUCGAGCCCUCCCUCGGGCAUGGGUGUGUGUGUUUGUCCUUAGGAUAGUUUAGG